AUGGCCGUUCGAGCCAGCAACGCGUUUCUACGACCUUACAGCGUCAGAGCAUUUAUACUGCCCUAUAAACAGACUUGGCACUCUAUUUCACAGGCGCAAAGACGUAUUACAACACGCAUGGAACCUAGCAGAGUCCGGUACAAAUUUGUGGAAGAAGUUGAGCGCUUGGACUAUUAUGUUCCUGGAGGUUACCAUCCAGUCACAAUUGGAGAUGAAUUUUGUUCAGGUCGAUAUAUUAUCGCUCAUAAGCUCGGGUUCGGUCGAUCUGCCACAACCUGGCUGGCAGAAGAUAGAAGACAAAGCCGACUUGUUGCCCUCAAGAUAUUAACCGCAGAAUCGGCUGAGCGAACUCAUGAGAUACAGGUUCUUUCACAGUUAGCUAGAGCUAAAUCCGAGCUCUCUGGGCGGAAUACUCCACAGAAAGUGCUUGACUCUUUUACAUUCUGUGGGCCAAAUGGUACGCAUUUGUGUUUAGUCACAGAAGCUGCUAGAAUUAGCAUCCACGAAGCGAAGGAUGCUGCGUAUCACCGACUUCUCCAUCUCCCUGCCGCUCGAGCUAUCGCCUCACAACUUAUACUUGGUCUGCAAUUUAUCCAUUCUCAAGGCAUCGUUCAUGGUGAUCUCCAUCUUGCAAAUAUUCUCCUUCGCUUGCCGUCAGAGAUGCAAGAUAUGACGAUUAAGCAGCUAUAUGCUAGAACCGGUGAACCGGUGAAAGAGCAAGUUGUUCGUGAGGAUGGCGCACCCCUAGAUAUAGGAGUUCCUUCAGAAGUUAUUGUCCCAGCUUGGCUUGGGCUCGGUAGUGAUGAGAUUUCCCUAGUAGACUCUGCCAUUAUGAUUGCAGAUUUUGGAGAAGCCUAUAAUCCUCGAGUGACGAAGCAGUUUAUUGCCCAUACACCACUCUUGCUUGCGCCUCCAGAAUCACGUUUCGCGGGCUCCACGGAAUUCGAUGAGCCUCUUUCUUUCUCGGGGGAUAUAUGGACGCUUGGAUGCACUAUCUGGGAUAUUUUUGGAUCCGCCCCCCCGUUUGAAGCCUUCCCAGCCACGUUAGAUGGAGUUACAAUCGAACAGGUCGAGAUGCUUGGUAAACUUCCUGAUCGGUGGUGGAGUAAGUGGGAAGAAAGAAGUAAUUGGUUUGACGAAGAUGGACGUAAAAAUGUGAAAGAAUAUCUUCGUCAGUGGUACGGUAAUAGUACUAGGAACUGGAUUCAACGGUUUACGGAAUAUAUACACAACCCAAGAGAGAGGAAGAGGUUUGAUACCUUUUCAGCGGAGGAGGAGAAUGCGUUCUGUGACAUGAUAAAGUCGAUGUUAGUCCUUGAGCCAAGCAAAAGAGCCACGAUUGAAGACAUAGUGGGAUGUGAGUGGAUGCGAAAAUGGGGACUGCCAGAGGUGCAGAGAAUGCAAGAUGCAAAAUCUUGA